CAUGUGAUCUGUGAUAUAAAGCAAUGGGAUUCUGAUGACCCUGUCCCUCGCAUGGAGCUGUUGAAAAGAGUUGCUGGAGUAGAUGGAUUGUACUGUUUAUUGACUGAGAAAAUAGACAAGGAACUUUUAGAUGCUGCAGGGUCCAACUUGAAAGUUAUCAGCACCAUGUCUGUGGGGUUUGAUCAUCUCUCUCUAGAAGAAAUUAAAAAAAGGGGAAUUCGAGUGGGCUACACCCCAGAUGUCCUGACCAAUGCCACCGCUGAACUUACUGUGGCCUUGCUAUUGGCAACGGCUCGUCGACUGAUGGAGGCAGUAGCUGAAGCCAAAAAUGGUGGCUGGGGCACAUGGAAACCCAUGUGGCUUUGUGGCUAUGGACUGUCUGACAGCACUGUGGGAAUCGUGGGACUUGGGAGAAUAGGUUUAGCUGUUGCACAGUGCUUGAAGCCAUUUGGUGUGAAGAAAUUUCUGUACACAGAUUUUGAGCCAAAGCCGGAGGUUGCUGCAGAGAUACAGGCUGAAUAUGUGCCCCUGGAUAAACUGGCUGAGCAAUCGGACUUUGUGACAGUGCACUGUGCUUUGACUCCUGAGACUAACGGUUUGUGCAACAAAGAUUUAUUUUCAAAAAUGAAAAAGACGGCAGUAUUUAUCAACACCAGCAGAGGAGCUGUGGUGAACCAGGAUGAUCUUUAUCAGGCUCUGAUUACUGGUCAGAUCGGUGCAGCAGGAUUGGAUGUCACGGUUCCUGAGCCAUUACCCACCGACCAUCCUCUCUUUGCAAUGAAAAACUGUGUUAUUCUGCCACAUGUCGCAAGUGCCACCAUCGCCACUCGCACUGCCAUGGCUCUGUUGACUGUCAAUAACCUCCUGGCAGGCCUCAAAGAUGAACCGAUGCCAAAGGAGCUGAUCCUGUGAGGUGGGAGGUUGUGCCCUAGCUAUGGGGUGACUUCUAUCGUAGAGCCCAUGACCUGAAACUUAAUACAACCCUGAUUAGUUGUAUGAUCAGAGAAGUGGAAAGUCUUGUUCAGCUGUUUCAAAGAAAUGAACCUUGCAUCUAAUAAAGUUGGAACUGCUCAUAAA